AUGAAGUUCUCAACCGUGACUAUUCUCGUCGUUAUAUUCGCAUCCACUACAGCAACGGCCCUCGCUGCCUCUGUUCGUAUCAGGAUGCCAAAGGGUCCAGUAAAGCCUGACUCGUACAUCGUCGUGCUGAAAUCCGGUACAAAUAUGGAAGACCAUAUUGAAGGUAUUACUCAGAUCUCAACCCGGAGCCCUGGGUCAGAAUUUUUACUCACUCACCGGUAUGAAAUCCCGAAUGGCUACUCCGCACACUCGACUGGAGCAUCCCUUGCUCACAUUCUUAGUUGCCCUGAAGUUGACUAUGUCAUAGCUGAUGGCAUAACUUUCAUUGGCCAUGGCCUCCGCAAAGUGAAUGAGAGGGACGUGACAGAGCGCAAUGAUGUUGCGGCUAAAAUAGGGGAUAACCCGGUCAAAAGAUGUGAUGGAAGUGGAGUGGAUAUUUAUAUCCUAGGUGCUGGUGUUGACCGUCGGCACAGCUGCUUUGGUAUAAAUCAGGUCAUUCCCGGUAAGAUUUUUGGUCCAUAUAAGGACGGUUAUAACGGUCACGACACAUAUGUUGCCGCACUGGCAGCGGGGCUAGGGUAUGGCCCAGCGACUGGUGCCAAGGUUAUUUCGGUCAAGACUUGUGACGAUGGUGGUGUGGGAUAUGUAUCCAACCUGCUCGGAGGCCUCAGCUGGGCUUUUCAACAAUCCGACUUUCGUAAACGCCCUUCCGUCGUUGUACUAUCCGCCGGCUUAGUUGGGGACAAUUACUUGGACCAAGUCAUCCAGUCUCUCAUGAACCAUGGGUUGCACAUUGUAAUAGGUGCAGGGGAUCAAAGCAUGAAUGCAGGAGAUUUCAGUCCUCAACGUCUUGCUGGAGUUAACACCAUUGGUGCUAUUGACAAUGAUGGCAAUUUCGCGACCUUCUCCAACUGGGGACCUGCCAUCACUGCUUCCUACCUGGGUGUCCAGGUUGAAAGUGCCUGGCCCGAUAGCGAGACCGAUUCAAUAGUGCUGAGCGGUACUGACAUGUCAGCUGCAGGGGUUGUGGGGGUGAUAGCCGUCGCUUUAGGUCAGCAUGCUCAAAGUCCUGACGCCCUAACCAAGAACAUGGAGCGACAUGCCAUUGCAUGA